GUACGAUGGACACAGCGGGCUCACUGGACGACGCCGUGACAGAGUUCUACGACCAGCUGCUGAACGUGUUACGCGACACAGUGCCAGUUCGAGCCAGGCGAUUUCGUUGCCCUUCCAGGACGCCGCCGUGGUGGAACUCGCAGCUUCGGAACUUACGCAACCAACUGCGGAAGGCACGUAAGCGGUUCGUGAAUCGAAGCUCGUGGGGAAACAAGGUCACACUCUCGUACCUCGAAACUGAGUUUGCUGAGCAACAGGUUACGAGCUACCAGAAUUAUAUCGCAGGAGUUCAGGACAAUCUCCAGUCUAACCCGAAGAAUUUCUGGUCGUAUGUCAAGGAGAGGAAGCAGGUGGGAGAAAUACCAACAGAUGUGUCGUAUCGCGAGGAAAAAUCGACUUCUCCGGAGGCAGCCGCAAACCUAUUUGCACGGUUUUUCGAAACCGUUCACAGCUCGCAAGACCCCACGGUUCCCCCAGAGCAGCUAAACGAACUAGCAACCUACAACAUUAACCUUCCGCUGCUCACAGUCUCGGUUGCGGAAGUAAAGAAGGCUCUUGGCUCGGUGGAUGCAGCAAAAGGCCCUGGACCGGACCGGAUCCCUCCAUCUGUCGUCAAGACAGCUGCAGCUCGCUUGCCCGUCCCGUCACAAGCAUUUUCAACCGCUCGCUCUCCGAAGGUGCUUUCCCGUCGGAGUGGAAGGUCGCCUCAAUUACCCCGAUCCACAAAUCGGGGAGUCGCGCCAAAGUUGAGAACUACCGUUCGAUCUCAAUUCUGAGCUGUUUGGCAAAAGUAUUGGAAAAGUUGCUUGUUGACCACAUCUACCCGUCCGUGAAAAACAUCAUCUCGGAAUACCAGCACGGCUUCAUGAAACAGCGAUC